AUGACUAAGAGUGAAUUUAUUUCCGAUGAUUAUAAGCCUACGGGCAAGCCAUUUGAUGACGUUGAGGAGGUCUUGGCCAAGCUUACCGACAAGCAGAAAUGUCAACUUUUAGCUGGUAAAGACUUCUGGACUACAAAUGCCGUUCCUGAGUUGAAUGUCCCAUCUAUCAGAGUUUCAGACGGUCCUAACGGUAUUAGAGGACGGAAUUUCUUCAGACCUACCCCAGCCGCUUGUUUCCCAUGCGGUACUGCUCUAGGCUCUACUUGGGAUACUGAACUCCUCGAAAGAGCUGGCAAACUUAUGGCCGUUGAAGCUAAGGCAAAGGGUGCACACGUGAUUUUGGGCCCAACUUUAAAUAUUCAGAGAUCUCCUCUUGGUGGAAGAGGUUUCGAAUCCUUUUCAGAAGAUUCUGUACUUAGUGGUCUUAGUGCAGGUGCCAUUUCAAAAGGUAUACAAUCUGAAGGUAUCCAAGCCACACUGAAACAUUUCGUUUGUAACGACCAAGAGCAUGAGAGAAACUCUGUUAAUGUACUGGUUACUGAGCGUGCUCUCCGUGAAAUUUAUUUGCUACCUUUCCAAUUGGCUAUUAGAGAUGGAGCUCCUGGUGCCAUUAUGACGGCCUAUAACAAGGUGAAUGGUAUCUCUGCUAGUCAAAACGCUAAGCUUUUGAAGAAUAUUCUUCGUGAUGAGUGGAAAUGGGACGGCCUUGUCAUGUCUGAUUGGUUUGGUGUUUAUUCUGUUGCUGAUAGUGUCAAGAACGGCCUCGAUUUGGAAAUGCCCGGUCCAUCCAACUGGAGAGGCCGAUUAUUGGAAGGAUCUCUUGUUAGUAAGCAAAUUGCUCACCACGAGGUUGACGAGAGAGUUCGUCAAGUUUUGAAAUUUGUGCAAAGAGCACAUGCUGAGAGCGGUAUUCCAGAAGAUGCUCCCGAAAUCACCAGAGAUACCCCUGAAACAAGAAGGCUUUUGAGAGAAAUUGCUGCAGACUCAAUUGUUGUUCUUAAAAAUGAGAAUAACGUUCUACCUCUAUCCAAAAAUAAGAAGACUGCAGUCAUUGGCCCCAACGGCAAGAUCACUACUUACUGUGGAGGUGGUUCUGCUUCGCUUAAGCCUUAUUACACUGUUUCUCCUUUCGAGGGAAUUUCUCAGAAGUUGUCAGAAACUCCCUUAUAUACACUCGGUGUCAAUACCUUCAAGGAGCUUCCCCUCAUUGGUAAGGACCUUGUUGAUCCAAGAGGAAAUGUUGGCUUUGAGGCCAAGGUUUACGACGGCCCACGCACAGAUAAGGGCCGAAAGCACCUGGACACUUAUUACCUUAGUGACAGUCACAUUUUUAUGCCUGAUUAUGCCCCAACCAAAGAGUUUAAGGCUUUCUACUUUGAUAUUGAAGGUUAUCUUACUCCUGAGAGUGACGGCACUUACAUUUUCGGUGUCACCGUCAGUGGCACUGCCAAGUUAUACAUUGACGAUCAAUUGGUUGUUGACAACGAAACGAAACAAACUAAAGGAACGUCAUUUUUCAAUUGCGGUACCAUUGAAGAGAAGAACACUAUUGAGCUGAAGAAGGGCCAGAAGUACAAGAUCAACCUAUUCUACGGCAGUUCCCAUACAUCGACUAUUGAGCAAGAUGCUGGUCUCAGUUUUGGUGGAGGCAUCAGACUGGGUUACAUUAAACAGGUCAGCGUUGAAGAUGAGAUUCGAAAGGCUGUUGAAAUCGCUCAAUCAGUUGAUCAGGUAAUCCUCACGCUUGGUCUAAACUCCGAUUGGGAGUCUGAGGGUUAUGACCGUGAUUCCAUGGCCUAUCCUCCAAAUGUUGAUGCAUUGGUCAAGGCUGUCAGAAAGGUCAAUAAGAAUAUUGUGGUUGUUAAUCAAUCCGGUACACCCGUCACCUUGGACUUCCAUAAUGAAGUGCCAGCUAUCGUGCAGGCCUGGUAUGGUGGUAAUGAAACUGGUAACGCUAUUGCUGAUGUGAUCUUCGGUGAUGUCAACCCCAGUGGAAAGCUUCCUCUUACUUAUCCAGAUCGUUUAGAAGACAACCCAGCUUACCUCAGUUUCAGAGCUGAGAAUGGUAGAACUUUGUACAGUGAAGAUGUUUACGUUGGUUAUAAGUACUACGAUACUGUUAAGACCAAGCCUCUUUAUCCUUUCGGUCAUGGUUUGUCUUACACUACCUUUGACUAUGGUAAAGCGAAGGCAAAGGUAGUAGGCGACAAUGUUAUUAUCACCAUUGAUGUCACCAAUAGUGGCAAUCUUGACGGUAAGGAAACUGUUCAAGCUUAUAUUUCUCAAGCCAAGCCUUCAAUUCGUCGUCCCGUCAAGGAGUUGAAGGGAUUUACUAAGCUUUCUAUUCCUGCUGGUCAGACCAAACAGGCUGAGAUCACUAUUCCUAUCAAGUAUGCUACAUCCUACUGGCAUGAGAUUAGAGAUCAAUGGAUUUCUGAAGCUGAUGACUACACCGUUCAUAUCGGUCAAAGCAGCGAAAGCAUUGUUAGCACUACUAAUUUCAGCACCGAAAAGACUUUCUUCUGGUCUGGUAUUUAA